CAAUAUUGACAACAAUGAUAAUACAAAUGAAAAUAUUGAUGCUAUUUACGAUAAGUUGAUAGCAUCAAUAACAAAAGCAUUGAGGCUUCUCGAAGAACAAAAGGCAGCCAGGAAUGCUCCAUGG